AUGGGAGAGCCCUUCGGCCGCUGGAGCAGCACCCCGUCCCGGGGUGAAUACGACGACAGGACCCCGCUCCGACGUUCCAACAGCUUCGCCCGCCCCACCGGGAAGAGCAUCUACAACCAGCGCAAGGACUACGGGCAGACCCUGCUCAAGCUCCAGAGCGAUUUCCAGCACCACGUUGAGCACCUGCUCACGCUGCGCCUGGAGCGGGACCUCCGCAGCGCCGAGGAUUGUCUGGGGCGCCUGAAGAGCCUGGAGGAGCAGGGACGGGUCUGGGGACAGGGUGUCGUCCUGCAAGUCAAGGACCAGGAGYUGGUGCUGAGCGAUGUGGAGAGCAAGGAGGAGCUGGAGGCUUUCCCGCUGGGCAGCGUGCAGGGCUGCUCCGCCGGGCUGGACAACACCGUGCUGACCAUCAGCGUCCAGGAGUGGAACCCGCCGGGGACCAGCGUCCUGCUGUUCCAGUGCGAGCAGCUGGGGGCAGAGACGCUGAAGAGCAGCCUGGAGAGGAUGUUGAGGCAGCGGAAGGAAGAGCCGAGGAAUCACUACGGGCACAGGUACGGGGGGGACAGGGCUCUGCGGCCCCUCCCUGGGGACAACUACGCUGGGCCCCUCCCCUCUCGCCCCCCAAAGUUGYGCUGGGUCCUGGAGCACUGCCCCAGCCCCGGCCUGGCCCCCGGGGUGGAGUCCCCGCUGCUGCUGCCGGAGGCGCUGCAGUUCCUGGAGGAGACCCUGAGUGACGAUGACUACGGAACCUGGAAGAGCCUGGGCAAUGCCUGGAACAAGUCCAGGGCCGAGUACCCCAACAGCGCCCAGGUGCCCGCGUAUAUCCCGGUGUUUUCGGACGGCUGGUUGCCCCCCGUGAUGGAGCUCCAGGACGCCCGGCCGCCUGCCUCAGUUUCCCCAGCUCGCUCGCGAUACCCCUCCCGGUCCCUGCCCCCCGCGCAGUCAGCAGGCACCGGCUGGAGGGACAAUCCCGGACACGAAUUCCCCCUCCCCAGCCAGGGGCUGGUGCGAGCCCUGUACGAUUUCCAGGCCAGGAAUUCGCGGGAGCUGAGCGUCAGGAAGGGGGACAUGCUGCAGGUCCUGGACCAGCAGAGGAAAUGGUGGCUGGUGCAGGACGAGCGGGGGGACCGGGGGCACGUCCCUGGCAACAUCCUGGAGCCGCUCCCGGAGCCAGGGCACACGGGGGGCCACAGCGCCACACAGGUGGGUGACAGUCCCCCUUCCCUGCACCCCAAUUCCACGCCGGAGGAGGUGGCAGCCUGGCUGACGGACAAGGGCUUCUCGCGGAUGUAG